UGUUCCCACAUCAUGUGAUGUACAACAGCCAAGCGAGGAUCAGUGUGUGGAAUAAAAGGUAUUCCUAAAUGUGUUUAUAAUCCUUCAGGUAGAUCGGUUUGUCGGUCGUGAAAUUUAACAAAACAUGGUGACCAAAUUAAGGCACUUUCUGGGGUUUUCGUUGCCAUUUAUGUUCAUCAUCUUACCUCUUAACUCUUGGCUAACUAUGUGAGCUCAUGCUAGCUCGAUAGUACCAACAUUCACCCAGGCUGAAGCUGGGGCGCAGCAGCGGAGCCUCUAGCCGACGGUCAUUUCCGACAGCUCCGUAUGGAUUUGACGUCGGCAUACAUUGUUGCUUGAUGUUUUACAAAAGGUCGAUUACCAGUGAUUUCGAAGAUGGGGGACCCUUGUGACCUUAAGCACUUCGUAAAGUGUGCCGACACAUUGGAGGGCUCAUUUCUCUGAUUUGGAUUAUUCUUGGCCAGCAGCCUCUUCAGACCUACUAAUCCUAGACGAGUUUUUCAAUGGACACUCUGCUCACGUCCGAGAUCAGAGAGGAAGGGAGUAGUGGCUCGGUGAAGGUGGAGGGCCUAUCUAAGGCAGCUCUAAUCAAAAGCCUGUCUCCCAGAGUCAUGCUAUCCAACCAUCUUUUGCCUAAAGGGACCAAGAUGAAGGUCAACCUAGAGGAUCAGGGUCGUCAGAAAGUGUCCUUUAGCUUCGCACAGACCAAGAAGCCCCUGCAGAGCGUGUUCUUUGUCCCUGCCAGUCCUGAUAAGUCUGUUGCUGAGCCUAUUGCUGCCUUGUCACAGUCAACCUCAGACAUAGAAGGGCAGAAAACAGACAGCAAAACGGAGCAAAACCAGACACCCACGGUGCAAACACCAGUGGCAGAGACACCUUCUCAAACACCAGUCUCUUCAGCCACCAAACUGAAAACCGUCUUAGCAAAGAUGCAUUUCAAGAAGCAAAUUCUAAGUGUCUCUGUGACUGAAGAGAGAUCAACAUCUGUUGUGCCAGAGGAGCCGCACUCUCCGGAGUUGCAGGUUUUACAGAAAACAAGUGCAGCAGAAUUUCCAACACCCCCGCCUCAGAAUGUUGUCAUUGUCUGCCCCUCUGAUAAUUCCCACAUUGAAGCCCCUGAGACAAAGGUAACCCUUAGCCUCAAGAAGCCAACUGCUUCCUCAGGAAAAGAUGAGAGUUCCAGCAGUGCUGAGCAGGAUAAUAAUGUAGACAAAAGGAAAACCAGGUCCCAGUCUGAUAGUGCUCCCCCCGGCUCAGAAUCUGAUGGAGAUCUAGGCCAGAUGUCUUCUAUUCACAAAUCAAUUGACUCCAGAAAUAAGACAAACUCUGACAGCAGAAACAAAGAGGUAAAAAAGUCUUCCUCUGGUUCACAUGUGGAGGAAAAGGAAAAAACUUCCUCUAAGCGUUCAGAGAAUAAGGAAAGAUCUUCUAGUUACUCCAAACCAGACCGUGAUUCUAGACACACAUCCUUACGCUCAUCUCGAUCGGACAAAGAUCGCAGAAGGUCCAGAUCUAGAUCACGGUCUAGAUCAAGAGGCUCUCGAACAAGUUCAUCUCACUCCAGAUCAGAAAGAUCCCGAGGUGACAGAGGAUCGCGCUCCGAAAGGUCUUACUAUCAUGAUUCUGAUCGGAGAUCACACCGGAGUUCUCCACGCAGAGAGAGAAGACGUUCUCGCUCUCGCACUGAUAGAACUCGGGACAGUUCUGACUCUGAGGAUGACCAUAGGAAGACCAGGACAAGAACAAUUGACUCCAGUAGAUCAUCUGCCCAUUUAGGUUCACAUAAAGAGUCAAAAUCAUCUUCCUACUCAAAGUCUGAGAAAUCGCCUCACUCUUCAGAGAUGGAUAAAAGAACACAAUCGUCAAAGUCUGAAAGAACUUCAAAGCGACUGUUAGACUCUGAUUCCCUGCGCAAAUGUUCUCCUGAUCUGGACUCAAGUUACCGUAAAUCUAGCAGCCAUUACAAGUCAGAGACCACCAGCAAAUCCUCUUUUUCCAGUAUGCACACCAACCCUCAAAGAUAUGAAAAACGUCAAAAAAGCAGCUCUAGUGACUCCGAGGCAGAUCAUAAGGGAAAAUCACAGGCCUCUGACAAAAGCUCUGGCUCCGAGGAGAACUGUAAAAACUCUAUAAAGAAAUCCAGUAGACCAGACUCAAAGCAGAUGAUCCCUUCUAGAUCUUCUGUGAAAACCAGCGGAUAUGAUAGACAAUCAAAUGACGUAUUUCACAGCCCUGGAAAAGCACCAUCAUGUGCAAACACCAUAGAAUCGUAUUCUCAGAGUGAAAAUGAAAAAUCUGAUUCCCAACAAGGUGGAAAUGAACAUAAAAGUAUGGACUUUAAAGACAUGGUCUCAUGCACUAAUAAGAGUUUGCAAGAAGUGUCAUUCAGGAGGUCAAAGGAAACCAAAUCAGAUCUUGAAUUUGAGACCUCAACUACAACCUCAAGUGAAAGCCUAAAGCAUGUAAAUGCUGCCCUGGAAAACUUGACCAAUGCAAAGAACAGCCUUUCUUCUAAUUUUCAACCACACGUGAAAUCAAAUACAGAUGUUUUAAAUUCAUGCAGUAGUAAUGAUAGUAUAAUGUGCGGCCAGGACAAGAAAGAUGUUGACUGUUUACCUGGAAAAAAAUCCUUACUUGAUACAGCAGAGAUACCUAUCCCCCAUGAUGUUGAGCAAAACACUAAACCAGAGAUGGUUAAGGUUUUGACAGUUGAAACGUUGUCUGGCACAAAAUCUGAUUCAUCCUGUCUUGAAUUUGAGGAUCAGCUGACAAGUGAGCAGCAAAUUAUGGAUACUGUUAGAAAGAGCAGCAGUACUACUAAAAAGUCUCGAUGGGAUAUCGUUGGGCAAGACACCUCAGAGAGUGAUAAUUCACAGAGGACACUUUCUGCAGAGAGUAAGCUUACUGUUAAAAAAGUGAUCUCUGUCAAAAAAAUUGAGUUUUCUAAAGACAGUUGCCAACAAGACUCUGACAUUAAAGAUAUUUUACAGCAAGAAACUGAAACACAUUCCACACUGGUGAAGCAGACUGAUAUCCCUACACAGGAAGUCGGCUCAGACGGCACAUCCCUGACCUAUAAAUACAAAGACCAAAGUGAGCCUUCACAAGGCACCAGCAUUGACCACUGUGACUUAAAACUAAAUGUUUUUCAACAAAACAACACAGAUGAGCCUCUGCGUGGAAAUGAUUCAUCAGAGGUUGACAAAGCUGCAAAGAUGCAGAGUUGGAAUGGCGAUGAUCAUGAAGAAAAAUCCAAGGGCAGCAUUAACAAGAGCAAAUUGAGUAAGAGAACAUUACAUCAGGAUGCAUUAGGAGGACAGAGUGAGGUUAGUGAUAGUGACAAUUCGGAGUAUGACUCUGAUUGUGGCGAGGCUAUAAAACGAUUGCACUCCGUGGUGGUGGUGCCAAAGAAUUCUUCCCUAACAAUGGAUACACAGGACACAGGAGCUUCCCCAUGCAGGCUAAUGAAUAGUUCAGAAAUACAGAAUGUGAAUAUCAUUGUCCCACAACAAAGGCACGGGAGUCCUUCCACAUUCUUGGAGACCACUGGUCCUUGUGCUGGUAUUAAUGAUUUAUCCCAUAUCAGCGUGUUGUGUCAAUCCCAGAGUAAUAUGAUUGAUAGCACCAGUCACUUGGAGGGUUCCAGCUCCAUCCGUGCACAGCCUUACAUGGCUGGUCAUCUCGGCACCCAUGGAAGUGCCACAGAUCCUGCCAACAGCCUUGAUAAUUCCCGACAGUGUGCGCAAGUGCACAAACCGCAUAAUGUAAGUAACAGAAGUGAAAUCAUCUACUCCCAUUACCAACAUAAUGAUUUCUCCAAUGCUGACAAUAGCAAUGACAAAAAUAGAUUGAGCCUGGGUUGGGAUUUUUCGCAAUUGGAACAACCCAGUAGUACAUACCAGCAGCCUGAUAGCAGUCACGGGCCACAUCUACCAAACACUAAACUGAUUGAAACCUCUCAUAAGGAACAGGAGCACAGGCAGAGUAAUGCCACCUGGAACCACCAAUCCCCAAACACACAAACUAGCAGACCACCUUACCUUCAUGUGCAUGAACAUUAUCAAGAUUUUGCAGGGGAAAUUCAUCCUGACUCCCUAACUAAUGACCACGAUGACUACAGUGGGGAUAAACUAUCUGAUCCCAGUAAAACAGCAGCAGUUGAAUGCAGUGGACCUAAUACUCCUGGGUCAUCAAGCUUUGUACAAGGGCAUGAAAUAAGCAGCAACAGCAGGGGCUCUGCUGUGCCGGACCCACCUAGAGAAGACAAUUUCAGACCCCAUAGAGGCCGGGGCCCUCCCAAGAAAAGGCGGCCAGAGAUUGAGUCAGAUUCAGACAAUGAGGCCGAAGCCGGGCCUGCAGGCAAGAGGGAGCGUCAAGGAGAUGCUGACGUGUCUAAGGAAACUCAUGUCCAAGCCGUGGUGCAACGUCCGUUACUCAAUCUGCGAGAAUUUCAAGACGCUAAUAAAUGGAAAGAGUUUGCCAGGUCUAAGAAGAUGCCCCCUUACUUUGACUUGAUUGAGGAGAACCUAUACCUGACUGAGAGAAAAAAGAGCAAAUCUCAUCGAGAUAUCAAAAGAAUGCAAUGUGAGUGCCCAGUGCUGCCCAGAGAAGAGCGUGCAAGAGGAGUAUUAGCAUGCGGGGAAGACUGUUUAAACCGGCUGCUGAUGAUUGAGUGCUCCUCGCGGUGCCUGAAUGGAGCCUACUGCUCUAAUCGACGCUUUCAGAUGAAACAACAUGCAGACUUCGAGGUUAUCCUCACAGAAGACAAGGGCUGGGGCCUACGGGCAGCUAGAGACUUGGCCCCAAACACUUUUGUACUGGAAUACUGCGGAGAGGUAUUGGACCACAAGGAGUUCAAAACAAGGGUGAAAGAAUAUGCUCGCAAUAAGAACAUCCACUACUACUUCAUGUCUCUAAGGAAUAAUGAGAUCAUUGAUGCAACGCUGAAGGGUAAUUGCUCUCGGUUUAUGAACCAUAGUUGCGAGCCCAACUGUGAGACCCAAAAGUGGACUGUCAAUGGCCAGCUUAGAGUUGGAUUCUUCACCUCCAAGGUGGUCCCUGCAGGAACUGAACUGACGUUUGAUUACCAGUUCCAGAGAUAUGGCAAAGAAGCACAGAAAUGCUUCUGUGGAGCCCCUAGCUGCAGAGGCUUCCUGGGUGGGGAGAACAGAGUUAGUGUUCGGGCAGCUGGAGGGAAGAUGAAGAAAGACCGCAGUCGAAAGAGUGCUCUCACCACGGUUGAUGAGGAGCUUGAGGCAUUACUGGAGAAUGGAGAAGGCCUGUAUGAUGAGAAACAGGUGGUGUCUCUCUGCAGACUAAUGGUCCGAGUGGAAACCAUGGAACAGAAACUCACCUGUCUCAAGCUCAUACAAGAUACUCAAAAUCCAUCAUGCCUAAAGCAGUUCCUGGACCAUCAUGGAUUGUCUUUGCUGUGGAUCUUCAUGGUGGAGCUUUCUGAAGCUAAAGGCAACAGUGCCAAUAACAUCAAGCUGCAGUUAGAGAUUAUGAAGACCUUGGCUGUGCUGCCUAUCUCUACUAAGAACAUGUUGGAGGAGAGCAGAGUCCUUACCUUCAUCCAGCGAUGGGCCCAGACAAAAACUCUUCCUCACCCUGCUGAGAUGGACGGCUACUCUAGUGAGAACACCUCCCGUGCUCAAACACCCCUCAACACUCCUGAUGGGUCUUCCACCAAACUGGGACCAGAAUUGGAUGGUGACACCUCCAAACCUGCUGUGUACCGUCGCCUGAAAAUCAUCAGUGAAAACAGUCUAGACAGCGCACUCUCGGACGCUAGCAAAGCAUCUGAUGGGAAGGAGGAAGAGGAGGACGAUGAUGAUGAGGAAGAAGAAGAAUCCUCGCAUGCAGGACUUCCUGAUGGCAAACAGUUGAAGGAAGAGCCUGUGUGUGAAGCUGCAGAUGCAACGAAAGGAACAAUGGAAGAGUCACAUAGAGAGGAGGGUCAGGUCAAAGGGGAGGAAGAGGAAGAGACUAGGAUGAGUUCAAGCAGUCAACACCAACCUCAAACUGAGGAGGUAAAAGAAAAAAUGGAUUUGGAAAAGGCGAUGGAGAUGAAAGAGGACACAAAUGAGGUUCAUACGGAUAAACUUGAGGAGCCUAAAGAGCCUUGUCAAGAGCAGGAGAGUGGGGAGGAGCAGACCAUUCAGGCUGACACAGAAAAGGCUGAACUAGAAGGAGACCAGCCCAGCGUUAAAGUUCUCGAGUCAGAGAUUCAGUCCAUCCAAACAGAUGUUGCUGAUCUUCCACCUGAGCUGCCUUUAGAAAAUAAAGAGGCCCAGGCAGAGACACAAGAGGCUGAGAAACCUCCUCCUGGCAGUGAGGCGCCACCUGAUGAAUCUACUACUGAUGCUGCCCAAAGCUCUGACAACCCUGAGGCCAGUAUGCCCUCUGAGGUCAUAGUGACACCCAUGGACCAAUCAGUGAUAGGAACUCCCUCUCAGGAUGAAGAGGAAGGUGUCUCAGAUGUGGAGAGUGAGAGGAGUCAGGAGCCCCCACUCAAUGCUUUGGACAUUAGUGGCAUGGCUGCCAGGCUUCUGGAUAGCUGGAAGGAUCUGAAGGAGGUAUACAGAAUACCAAAGAAGAGUCAGGUGGAAAAGGAAGCAAAUGAUCGCAGCCGAGAUCGAGACACAGCUUUGACGCCACGCACCACUUCUGGUAGCCGAGAGCGUGAAAGGGAGCGGGAGAGGGAACGUGACAGAGACCGGGAUUAUGACAGGGAUCGAGACUGGGAGAGGGAGAGGGACAGAGACCGCGACAGAGACCGCGACAGAGACCGAGAAAGAGACCGCGAUAGAGACCGCGAUAGAGACCGCGACAGAGACCGCGAUCGAGUCUCUGACAAAACUCCACAACGCAGCACGGAGAGACGGAGGAGACGCUCCACUUCACCACCUUCAUCCUACGAGAGGAGCAGCCGACGCACAGAGGAACGGUUUGACUCCUCUAACAGCAGCAAAACACGGGGAGUUGGUGGAAAGGAUCGCAACAAGUUGUCAACGGAGGAGCGACGAAAGCUGUUUGAGCAGGAGGUUGCCCAGCGGGAAGCCCAGAAACAACAACAACAACAACAACAACAACAGCUGCAGCAGCAGCAGCAGCAGCAGCAGCUUCAAACUAUGGCUUAUGAUCCUGCUCUAGCCUAUGCCUCCAGCCCUGGCUUCAUCACCUACCCUCCGGGAUAUCCCAUUCAGACCUUUGUGGAUCCCACCAACCCCAAUGUAGGCAAAGUACUGCUACCUACCCCUCCGGUUGAGCCCACCCUGAACUAUGAAGAGACACCUCCCCUGCGUCUUAUCUCAGACCUGGGACUGUCCUCUCCAUCCCCCACUUCCCAGGCCACUCCAGUCUCUAAUCUAUCUCAGCACAUCACCACAACCGACCUCGCCACUGGCAAUCCCCAACAGUAUGCCCAGCCAACUGUAGCAACUCAGGACACAGGCGUAGCGGUCCUCUCUGUACCCGCCCAGGCGGCCCCUCAGGUACACGGCCAGCAGAGCUACACUACUCUCUGGGAUCCCACUACUCAGCAGGCAGUGACUGUGCAGACUCAGCCUGGACAGCAGUACGCAACAGCUCCAGCACAGGCUCAGACACAGACAGCCAUCUAUUACCAGGGUCAACCAUGCCAAACCAUCUACAGCAUCCCUACCGCCUACCCACAGGCCAACACUCCCAUCAUACAGGCGUACACUGAACCCACAGCCAGCUACCUGCACGGCCAGCCUGUGUAUCCUGGCCAUCAGCAGGGAGUGGUGGUGCAGCAGGGAGGCACAGUCACCACCAUUGUCACAUCCCAAACUGUCCAACAGGAAAUGAUUGUACCCAACAAUGUGAUAGACCUGCCUCCUCCCUCUCCCCCCAAACCCAAAACUAUCGUCCUACCUCCCAACUGGAAAGUGGCCCGGGACCCUGAAGGCAAGAUCUACUACUACCAUAUUGUCACAAGGCAAACACAGUGGGACCCUCCAACCUGGGAUGGAUGUAGUGACAACACUAGUGUGGACCAUGAAUCUGAGAUGGACCUUGGAACACCCACCUAUGAUGAGAAUCCUUCCAAGUUCUCCACAAAGACAGCUGAAGCAGACACUUCCAGUGAGCUGGCUAAAAAGAGUAAAGAGACCUUUCGCAAAGAGAUGUCCCAGUUCAUAGUGCAAUGUUUAAAUCCUUUUCGGAAGCCAGACUGCAAACUCGGACGUAUCAGCAACACAGAAGAUUUCAAACACCUGGCUAGAAAGCUAACUCAUGGAGUUAUGAAUAAGGAGUUGAAAGCUUGCACUAAUCCAGAGGACCUUGAGUGUAACGAGAAUGUGAAGCACAAGACAAAGGAGUACAUCAAGAAGUACAUGCAAAGAUUUGGAACUGUGUACAGGCCCAAGGAGGACACAGAGGUGUGCUAGCCUAAAAGCCCAGAUGUCACACUUGUCCGGCGCAAACACAGGAGAAGCACAGCUUUGUCUUUCCACUCACUCCUUGUACGCAUGUACGUACCCACCAGCCUGAGCAGCGUAGUAGUUUCUUACACGUAUUUAUGACUAAAAAUUGGACUGCUGCCCAAGAAGCUCUCCAGGCCACGUGGAUCGCAGAGGAGCUCCGUUGAAACUGACAGAGAUUUGAGUGUCGCAGAAUGACCCAAAUACUCCGGGUGCAGUGUUCUCGAAGGAUGACACUGCAGGGUGCUACAGAGACUGUUUUCACUGACUGUUUGUUUGAUUUUAAGCAUUUUUUUCCCUCCAUUUUCUGGCUCUUAAAUGUUCCCGAGAUGAUCACCUCAAUUCCACUUUUUAAACCCUUCUAACCCUGAAUGUGGAUUCCUCUACAGAAUCAGCUUUGGUAUCAUAUUUAUCAGAAUUGCUUUGUUACUUUUCACUGUUUAAAAAUGGAUCAAUGACAGAACAGUCCAGUGCUUUUUCCCCUCCCACUUUUGAUUUUUUUUUUUUUUCUCGUGCACGCUUCAACCCCCAGCCACUGACUGUAUCUGGUGCUGCUUUUAACUGGGCUGUGGAGGUCCAAGCUUCCACUCCUCAAACCCUGCCUUCUUAACCACAAGACUUUGGAGCCUCUGUUGUUUUAUGAAUGCAUGAUGUAGGCUGAGGUCAGAGUGGUAUCCUUAAUGGAAAUUCCUAUGUUUUCCAUGUCUCCUGUGUCAAGUAAUAUGCCCACACUGGGAUGAGCUUUUACUUACAGUACACUUGGGAAUCAGCCAAUAACCAGCAGGUUGGCUAGGUGAUCAAUAUGUCUUUUAUGAAUUUGCGUGUAAUACCGGGAGCAGGGUUUGAAUGCUGUUAGAUGUUCUGUUUUGCCAUUUCCUGUCCAACUCUCUCCUCUCCCAACUUGUUCUGCCCUGUUUCCUCUACUUACAGGAAUAAUGCUAAAAAUGAAGGUUGUAGCAUUGCAGUUUUAACAGUUUCUAAACAUCUUGUAUGUUCUGGUUCUUUCUAUCUGGUCCUAGUUAGACAACACUUUGAUAGGUCUUGCUCCACACACUGUCGCUCAUUAAUUUCAGAGAUUUUUACGGUUGUCAACGUUAGUUUCAUAAGCAUUAGGUCACUGGUUUGUUGCAGCCUAUUAAAUUGCAUUAAACAAAGUUCCAACAUAUGUACAUUGCUUUAUAUGUGAAUAUAUUGAAUAACUAGUUUUUGGGAAUGUUUAAAUAAGCAGACACUUUGUAUAAGGACUAUCAUUUCAUGAUUGAAAGUGUAAAUGAAUUGUAAAAUUACCAAAACUGUAUGCAGGAGAGUGGGGCCAGGGAGCCCAUCCUCACGAGCUCAGCCCUCCUGAUGCAGUUCCCACAUCAGUCUGUCAAACUUAGGACCCCGCUGACUCACAUCCUUUUAUUUCAGUGGUGGGGAAGAUUCCUUCCUUUUUUUUUGUUUAUUAUUUUUCUAUGUACAAAGUAUGUUCCACCCUACUCUAUUGUAAGUAUUGUGUAAGCACAUUGUCAUACUGAGUGUACAAACAUUUGAAAAGAUAAUAAACCUUUUUGUAAAAUGAUAUCCAUUUCCCUGCUUUGCAGUUGGAUCGGGUUCACUUGGGUCUCAGUUAAAUAGACUCCAACAGAUCUAAGCAAAUGUGUGUGACCUCUUGACAUGAUUGACUGCUGAGUGCACACCCAAUCCCAUUUUAGAUUGGUUCCCUCUUCUAAGAUGGGGAGCACAUGGCAUGAAUGCCAGUACAGCGCAUACGCACAGUGUUGAGCCAGAUGUUUGGCCCCAGUAAAGAACAUCAAAGUGAUCGACUGCCUUCAUUCAAGACGUUUAGUGUGCUCUCAAUGUGGAGACCUGUGACGAGUGCAGAGAGGCACUGCUGUGCUUCUCUCUCUUCUAUCCCAACCCCCUCCCAGUGUAUGCACAUUCCGCUGCCCCAUGCCUCUGUGCUCCAGACCACAGUUAAGCAGUCCCGUCUGGAGUUUGUGACGGCAUGUAACGCUGCCCUAGGCUGUACAAGAUGCCUGCUCCCACUUAGAACUGAAUGCAAAGAGAUCAUUAACAGAUUUAAGUGCAGAGCAAAGGGGGGAGCAGGUUUGGGAUCAGAUUGCGCCUCAGAGAGAAACCUUCCAGAAUGUUUUAAAUAAAGUUUUUAUUUUCA